GUCACCGAGGCCUGCGGUGCCCGCCCACGCCCAAGGGGCCGGGGCCGCCGCCGGGGCGGGGUCAGCGCUGCCCGCCGGGGCCGCAGCGGCGGGACCGAGCCGCGCGUCCCGCCCGCAACCCCUGGGCCGCUCCGCGGGGUCGCCGCCAUGACGGGCAGUAACAUGUCUGAUGCUCUGGCGAACGCGGUGUGCGAGCGCUGCCAGGCGCGGUUCGAUCCCGCCGAGAGGAUCGUGAACAGCAAUGGGGAGCUCUACCACGAGAACUGCUUUGUGUGUGCCCAGUGCUUCCGGCAGUUCCCAGAGGGACUCUUCUAUGAGUUUGAAGGUAGGAAGUACUGUGAGCAUGACUUCCAGAUGCUGUUUGCUCCUUGCUGCGGGGAAUGUGGUGAGUUCAUUAUUGGGCGUGUUAUCAAGGCAAUGAACAACAACUGGCACCCAGAAUGUUUCCGCUGUGAGCUCUGCGAUGUAACCCUUGCUGACCUGGGUUUUGUGAAGAAUGCUGGCAGGCACCUGUGCAGGCCAUGCCACAACCGUGAAAAAGCUAAGGGACUGGGCAAGUACAUCUGUCAGAAGUGCCACUUGAUAAUUGAUGAGCAGCCUCUGAUGUUUAGGAAUGAUUCCUACCAUCCAGAUCACUUCAACUGCACCCACUGUGGGAAGGAGCUGAGUGCCGAGGCGCGGGAGCUGAAGGGGGAGCUGUACUGCCUGCCCUGCCACGACAAGAUGGGCAUCCCCAUCUGCGGCGCCUGCCGCCGCCCCAUCGAGGGCCGCGUGGUCAACGCGCUGGGCAAGCAGUGGCACGUCGAGCAUUUUGUUUGUGCCAAAUGUGAGAAGCCAUUCUUGGGGCACCGACACUAUGAAAAAAAAGGGCUGGCCUAUUGUGAGACUCAUUAUAAUCAGCUCUUUGGAGAUGUCUGCUACAACUGCAGCCACGUGAUAGAGGGAGAUGUGGUGUCAGCUCUUAACAAGGCCUGGUGUGUGAAUUGCUUCUCCUGCUCCACCUGCAACGUCAAGCUCACACUGAAGAAUAAAUUUGUGGAGUUUGACAUGAAGCCUGUGUGCAAGAAGUGCUAUGAGAAAUUCCCUCUAGAGCUGAAGAAACGUCUGAAGAAGUUGUCAGAGCUGGCAUCCAAGAAGAUCCAUCCUAAAGCUUUAGAUUUAAACUCUGCUUAAACAGGUCUGUCAGUCUCCUGACUGCACUCUUAACAUAAGCUGCUGCUCACUGCAGCAGUUGAUUACAGAAGCAAUUGCUAAAAAGUGGAACCAAAGAUGAGCAGUACCUUCCCCUGCUUCUGGUGAUGUCUCUUGCAUCUAGACUGUCUCUUUUCUCAAGCAAUUGUCUGUUAGCAAUGGCAGGAAGAGGCAUAUGAUUUCUGCUUGAGCAGCACGCAGGCUGGUUAUUAAUUUGCUACUAACAUUGCAUUUCACCUUUGUGGAGUUAUACACAUUCUUUUAGUCCUCAAUUGUACUACUCUUUCCACUCCUCUAGUCUAAGUAAUUUGGAAAGAGUGGUUAAAUGUAGGGCUGGAAGAAAUGUCAGAUUUGCUCUUUUUCAAUCAGAGUAUCAGAAUUUUUCUUCUUACUCUGGGUGAAGCAAUUUUUAGGUUUUUUAUAGGCAAGUAGUCUGAAAAUUAUCAUUGUUUACUGCGUGUAAGAAGUUCUGGUUUUUCUCCAGAUUCCUACAGAGAAUAUAUGGGUGCCCCAUGCCAUAUCCCAGUCCUUCUGGUUUGUAGGUUAACUGGACCAGCCCUGGAACCCAUAGCUAUGGUAUCUGCACUGCCCACGUAGGCUCAGUGUUAAGGCAGCUUAAGAAGUUGCCUUUGCUUCUGUGCUCAGUACUAAGGAGAUUUCAGCUGUCAAGGCCAUGUGAGCCUCUUCAGAAUAGUUGGGCUCUGCUUAAGGAGAAGGUGGCUAUGGGAAAUGAAACAUUUUAUUAGAACUGACACUAAUUUUCUCUGUUCUCUAUUACUACAUGGCUGGUAGAGCUUCUACUGCUCAACAUGAAACAUGUCUUGUCCCUUGGCAUAGCUGAUAUUUAUUGAGGCAGUGUGGCUGGAGCAUUGGUUACUCUUCUGGUUAAGGAAAUUGAAUAAAUAAUAUGGUGCCAAUUUAAGCAUUUCAGUUUUCCCAUUCUCACUUUCUUUGCCAGCCAAGGAUAUGCUUGUUGGUCACACUCCAGAAAGCCCAGUUACAUGAAGGAGUUUCUAAUGUUUACAGUUUUUAGCAAACGGUGGUGUUAUGCAGAAAACCCCCAUUUUUCUUAAAUUUUUUACCCAAAUAAGAGUCCCAUUCAUCUUUUUGAGACUAGAGUGUACUUAAGGAGAGGAUGCCAGACAUGAUGGUAACAUCUCAAGCAUGUAGUCCUCCUCUGUAAUUUUGCCUGUCACCAGUGAGGUUUCACUGGUUCUACUGUCUCUGCUACCACAACCAAGGUGCUGAGAAAUUUACUGUUUCUGUGUAAUCUCAAUACUUCUUUAGAGGUGAGCCAUCAGCAGUGCUGUUCCUGAUGUGUGAUCCCAGUGAGCUUCUGAGUCCCCCAGAGGUGACCCCUGUACUUCCCUGUGCUGAACCAAGCUGAGCAGCCUGAAAAUCCCUUUCCAUGAACAGUUGUGAGACUGUACCCGCCCUUUUGCAAGGCUGACAAGCCCUGGGGGACUGCUGUCCUUUGCAUGAUUUAAACCUUCCAAAAAGUGGCUGGUUUAGUUGGUCAAAUGAACGCAGCAGUUGGGUCUGGACAACACCCUGCAGCUACAGGAGAAUUAGGUAGCAAGAAGUGAAAGCUGCCCCACUUCCUGUAUGUGUGAGCAGCAAUUAUAUUUGGGCAGUAUAUACCUUAGAAUUGUGUUUUACCAUGCUUGCUGGAUGAAUACUCAUGGCACUGCACCAGUGGUACCAAAGCAGUGGUGGGAAAUCCUGGACUGAUCAGAAUCCCACAUGUGAGACCAUCUCUUAGACCUUCACUGCCUUUGCUAACUCUGUUUCCCUCAGCUGCUUUGCUUUUUCUUGCUGUACGUUACCAUAAUCUUUUAACUGGGUUAUAGAGCAACCACUCUAACAGUGAUGAGGGGAUAGGCCCAAUUUUAGCAGUAAACUUUCAUUUUCUCCUGACCAGUUUUCACUGUAGAUUCCAGUAAUAGUAGCUGCUUGUGUCACUGCUUUAGGAGAACAUGUGGCUAUUCAUUGUUCUCUCACCAGCCUUAAAAUGAUCUUUUAGUUAAGGGCACAGAGAACAGCAUGUCUUUUGGUGCAGUAGUGUGGCCCUGCAGAGACCCCCAUUUACAGUCAGCCCUGCUGUUUGGCAUUUUGUCACAGCAUAAAACACUUGAAGUUCUGACCUGUGUGCAGCUCAGUGUUAUGCAGAUUCUUCUCAGCAUAAACCAUUCUGGUCUGUUCCUGUGAUCUCAGUCGCAGCCAUGGCUGAUGCUGGGUCUGAGGAGCUGUGUAUCCCCAGGCUCCUGAGGGGUGGAGGAACACACAGCCACACGUUCCUGGUAAAUAAGGAAGGACUAGGUAACCAGCAGCCAACAGGUAAUAUUCUUUCAGCAGCUACUCACAUCCAGCAAUGGAAAAUGCAUGUAUGUGAAGGUGAAUGGCAUUAGUUCUGUGCUGCCAGUAAAGAUUUAGUGGUGCUUUCACUUUGUCUCAUGUUAGAAAUUUGGCAGACCUAGAAAGCUUCAAAGGAGAGUUGAUAAUUCUCUUUGAUAAGCUGUUCAGUUCUCUGGGAUUUGGAAUAUGUCCUUAUCUUCAGGACAUUUCACAAAAUUAAUUGGUGGAAAAAAAUUGUAAUCCCUGAUUUCUCUCUAUAUAUGGCUUAAAAAUGUAUUUUCCCCUACUUCUGUCAGAUUACUUUUUAAAAAACAAGUAGAAUAUAGUGCAAACUCACAAAUUCUCCUUUGUGCCUUGGUAGGCUGACAGGUUGGGUUUUGUUUUCUUUUUAAUAAAUAUGGUCAAGGUGUCUGUAAGAAAUAAGCUGCAUGUUUUUUUCCAUUGCUGUAAAUAGACCUGCUGGCCAAAUUCUUCCUAAGCAUUACAUCACUGGAGAGUAGAGAUUUUUAUGAAGGUUGAACUUGGCUCAGAAAUCUACACUUAAUAAAAGAUGUUAUCUCAUACUAUACAUUUAUAGUUUACAGUCAUAUUUAUACCUAAUUAAAAUCACUAACACUCACUGAAGACACUUGAAAAUGGUUUUGCUUUUAGAAAGCGUGGUUGAAGCUUGUUUGUAUUCAAAGAGUAUGCUAUAAUCACCUGCAGUCUUUGUUUAUGGCACUAAUCCAUUCUCUAGGGUUUGCAUCUUGCUGUUCUUGCAGCAGCCUGUGCAAUGCUGGCAAACACUGCUCAGCCUUUUGUACAGAGAACUCCUGAUGUGGCAUGGUUGGUAUUGGAUGAUAUGACUGACACUCUUUCAGAAGUGAUUGGAUGGGGAAGGAAUAGAUUGCAGGCAAGCAUGUAAUAAAUGUGGUUAUACUGGCCUGUAAAGCACUGUUAAGUGCUGAGGGUAUUAGACUGAGAAAAGAAUUAGCAGCUUGGUUUCAGGCCUUGAUGGGUUCUGCACUGUGUAGAGCUCUCAGUUUGUUUGAGCUGUCUAACCAAAACACGAUUGUAGAUUGAAAUGCUGUAAUACUGCCUUUGUAUGUACCUGUAUUAAAGUUAACUGUAAUACAUUUUAAAUCUUUACACAAAAAAAAUUUAAAAAUU